CUUAGGUCUUAGACCGCCAUUCGCCGUUCUCUAUUCGGCGAGUAAGUACUUAUUCGUCUCUCGCGAGUUGCGAGUCUUGCGACGAAAGAAAACGUCGAGGAGCAGUUUUUUCAGAUCGACGUCGUUGCUCUCUCCACCUGACAGCAGCUCUAUCUGACUCGUCCUGUCUAUAUUAAUUAUAUACACCCGCCAGAUCAGUUCACUUGGGCUUAACUAUACUCUGCGCACAUCUCACCGGAAGACGUAAUCGCGAGCUUUGGCUGGAAUGUAAAACAAGCCGCGGCAGUCGCGGCGGCCGUAGGCCGACCAUCGUCAGUGCAGAGCGAGCGAGUGCGUGUGCCAUAUUAGGUACCGAGAGCCGAGAGACGUUGGGCUAGACAGCCAAUGCGAUGGUCGUGGAAAACGAGCAAUUCGUUUUCGUGGUGACCCACGUCGAGGCGGAGGGUCAGUUUCUGAAGAUAUGGGCGCAGACAGACGAGCGGGUCGUUCAGUCGGUAGCUUCCAUGCUCACACCCCUGCAGGAGAAGUUGGAUUACUGCGGAGCUAGCAAUUUUCUCUCGCCCAACAAUGUACAGCCGCACACUCGCUGCUGCGCCAAAGGCAUCAGCAAGGAGUGGGCCAGAGCCAAGAUCCUGAACUUGCGAUCCGAUGGCAUGAUCCUGCUGCAGUUUGUCGACUAUGGAAACAUCAUCUAUGUUCCUAUUCACAAUAUCCGCCUGUUGGAUAACAUGCCCGAGGCCAAUUACUUGUUUGCGGUGCCAGAGGCAGCUACGCCUUUUGUGCUGGCUGACGUCAUUCCAAUAGGUGGUAGUUGGAUGGACGAGAUAGUCAACAAGAUUCGCUGCAUUUUGAUCAACAACAAGUAUCACGGAGUCUACCAGACUGUUAAUAAUUACAAGGCGCUCAAAUUUGACAUGAUGAGCAAGGACUUUAGUCGAACAUUGAUCGAGAGAAACAUGGCACUGUACAGUCCAUCUUGUCCAAGCAACAUGCAACAAAUGAUGCCUGCAAUUUCAGUACAACCUUUGCGAACACCCCAUUCGACUAACAACAUGCAUCAAGAGAAUUGGAGGACAUCUGUACCUCAAAAUGUUGCGCCAGUUCAAAAAGUAGUGAAAACAAAUUCCUUCAAAGCUAUCCAAUUGGAGAUAGGUUCUGUUCACGAUGUGCGAAUUUCGUAUGUUGAAGAAGGACCCUGUAAAUUUUCUGUGCAGCUGUUGGAAUCAAUACCUUAUUUGAAUACUUUAAUGGAAAAAAUCAACUUACAGUCUCAUUUGCCUCUGCAAGAGCCACCUAUUGCAGGCACAGUAUGCUUGGGACGACAGAAUCACAAUAAUAGGCUUUGCAGGGUUGUCCUGAAUUCUCCUGGUGAUACAUCUUGCAAGGUCUACUAUGCCGACUAUGGUCAUCACGAAGUCCUACAGUUUUCCAACAUCUAUCAAAUUCCUGAUGAAUUUGUUAUACCAAAUAUAUUUUCCAUUAGAUUUACUCUUAGUGGUAUCAUAAAUUGGACUGUGACACCAGAAAUGAAGGACUAUUUUGGAGGUUUAGUGAGCAAUGAGAAUUUGAAACUCCGAGUUUGCAAGGGCCCAAUGUCACCGCUUACACAAUACUGUGAAUUAUACCUGCGUGGAAAGAACAUCAAGGACAUGUUGAGCGAGGCUUUCCCAGAUUCAUGUGAAUUUGUGUACAAUGAGCCAAAGCGGUUACAAGAGGGAACCAAGGAAAUGGUCUUUGUAUCAUUUGUUGAGUCAAUCACAAAGUUCUUCAUUCAGAUAGAACGAGACCUCAAAUUCCUUGAUGAUGUUAUGGACAGAAUUGAACUAAUUUCAAAGACUGCUGCAAAGGUGAAUCCUGCAAAAAUACAUCCUGAAAUGCCAUGCAUUGCCCUCUAUGAUGCUGAUAAAAAAUGGUACCGCGCGUCGAUCAUUGGUAUGACUGACAAUGAUAAAGCGCGUGUGUUUUAUGUGGAUUAUGGUAAUGAAGAAAUAGUUUCAAUACAAAACUUACGAGUAAUACCUGCAGAUUUAGUUAGAGUACUUCCAAAACAAGCUAUUAGAUGCAGCUUAAAUGGAUUUAAACCUGCAGGGCCUUUGGAUAAGGAGUUUACUAAGACUUUUGAAAAUUUAGUUAUAGAAGAAAGAUUAUGUUUAAUCGUUCUUAACAAUCUUCCUAACACCGUAAUCGUAGAUUUAUUUGAAGGUCAAAAUGCAUCUAAUAAUUUAUCCACGCAAGAUAUAGCAGCAAAGCUGAAAGCUCUCGAAAUUUCAACAAAACCUGAAAACGUAAUACCAACUGAUCGACAAGUUGACAGAAGUGUGGAACCAAGAACUCUCCAAUCAAGAAACCAAAAGAGCGACGCAAAAGCUCAAGCACCCUCGACUCAGAAGCAGAAAAUUAAGAAUAAGAACACAAAAACACGCGAUAACGGAACUGCACGUUGGGAAAAAGAGACCAAUCAGGCUCAAUUCUCGAAACCAAAUAGCUUUGAACCAUACGACACCUCCAAAUCAAAAUUCCGUAAAGAUAACGAAAACGAACAACGAAACGACAAUAGAUUUCGAAAGGGCAGCUCUGAGUACUCGAACGGGUCCCAAAGCAACCGCUUCGACAAGGAGCUAGCCAAACCCGACCGAUUCAGCCAGAAUGACAGAUUUGGAAACAAGAGCAAUGACACGCACAGACCUACGGGGUCGAUAAACGAUCGACUCAAUAGGAAUCGUAACAUUAAUUUCGAAAACAAUGAUUUUCGUGCUGGUAGGGUUGGUAAGGAAAAUUCUGACAGCAGGCCUAGUAUUAAUUCGCGACUGGAUCGAAGCUUUAAUUCCGACAAGGCGGGAAGCGAUAAAGAUUCGGAUACAUCAUCGCGCAACGGUGGUAGGCGCAGUAAUCGUGGCGCAAGACGAAGCACUGAAGAUUCACGUAAACGCGAUGCACCUGCGAAUAACCGCAAUCGUAUUGGGAGAUGGGAAAGCGAAGAACGAGAGCAAGAAGUUUCUCUCAAAAAUUACAACGGCGAUACAAGUUUAAGCCCAGCUAAGUCGAGAUCGCCUCGUGAUAACCAUGUCCGUGAUAAUUUCGAUAAGUCGAAGAGCUCAGAGUGGGAUGCAUCAUCGAAGCUUUCGGCAUCUUGCAGUAAAGAUUCGUCGCGAUAUAUGACAUCUACCCCAAUAUCAAAGAUACCUCCGCCAAAUAUUACAAUUGGUGCGGUUAAAAACUGUGUCCUUGUUUACUACAUAAAUCCAGUAAAUUUUUACGUGCAUCUAUUACCAGACAUUAAAGACUUAAACUUAAUCAUGGAAAAAAUAGCUUCAAUUUAUGAAGAUGGUGGCAAGGUUUUGCAGCAGUCUGAAAUUAGACCUGACCUGCAAUGUAUUGCUCAAUAUGCAGAAGAUCAGCAAUGGUAUCGAGCAAUUGUUAAGUCAGUAGAAGCUACAUCAGCUACUGUCCAUUUUAUAGAUUAUGGAAAUGAUGAAACCAUUAGCUUUGACAAAAUCAAAGAAAUUGAACCAGAAUUUUUUAAGCUUCCUGCUCAAGCCGUACAUUGUAAACUAUUUUGUCCGUCAAAAUCAACUUAUACAAAAGAAGAAAGCGACAAAUUUGCCGACGCAACUGAUGGCCUUGAAUUGGAAUCUGAGUUUGUUAGUGAAGAAAAUGGAAUUUACCAAGUUUUGCUUGGUGAACCAAAUUCCAAAAAUGUGGGCUCUGCAAAGUUCAUUAAUAAUAUGUUUGCCGAUGGUCAAGAUCUAAUAAAAGAAAAAGAAGCUGUAAGAAAUAAGUCUAGAACAAUAAUGCGAACUGAGAGAUCAACUCCUAACUACGCUACAUUAGAUGAAAAAUGGUCAGAGAAUAAACUUGAUCUUGGAACACGCUAUCCUGUACUUAUGGGAUGGUUCAUAAAUCCUGAAAGCUUUUACUGCCAGCUCGCUGAUACGCAAAAAGAAUUUCGUGAUAUGAUGAAUGAAAUCCAGAAUGUUUAUGCCAAACGGCAGCCUGUCUCCGGAAAAAUAAAGGUUGAUUCAUCGGUAAUAGCUGUUCUUCCAGAAGAUGGAGUAUUAUACCGUGCUCAAGUUUUAGAGUUAAAUAAACCUCGAGGUCACGUAGUACAAUAUAUAGAUUACGGAGACCGAGCCAUGGUCGAUCCGCGCAACAUAUAUCCAGUUGAACGAAAAUAUAUGAAAUUGCCAAAGCAAGCAAUCUAUUGUGCACUGAAGAAUAUUGCACCUACACCGGGAUCAAAUUGGUCUAAUACUGCAGAACUAGCAAAACUUUUUGGUGCUGAAAAAUUCGAUUGUAUUUUCCAUGAGUUAAAAAAUGACAAAUAUUUGAUCUCAUUAAGCAGUAAAGGCAUUGAUAUCGGUAGCGCCUUAGUAGAUAAAAACGUAGCUGUAUUUUCAACUGCUAUUGACAAACAAACUGAAAGUCUUCCAGAAGAGACUGUAGCGGUACCCGAAGUACUAAGGAUGGAUAUUAAUCUGUUAGAAGGACAGACAUUGCAUGUUAGAGUAUCAAGUGUAGAAGGCGUAGCUAAAUUUUACGUUCAAUUUUACACUGCAGUAGCUUGUCAAUCAGCUAUAGAUAACUAUAUGGCAUCAAAAGAUCCUCAGGUAAUGCCACGACUUUUGUGUCAUGAGGUCUGCCUUGGUGCAGGCUGUCUAGUUAAUUGUAGAGGAAAGUGGCGACGAGGUGUAGUCAUUAAUUUUACGAAAUCAAAUUAUGAAGUAAGGCUCAUUGAUACUGGAGAGCACGAGACGAUAUCUUUGAAGAGCAUGCUCGGAUUACCAGGACAACUUGCACUCAUGCAAAAUCAAGCAAUUGAGUGCGCUCUAUUUGACGUUCCAUUAUCAUCAAAAGCAGACAAUUCUUUAAAGAAACUUGUCACUGGAAAGGAUGUAAAGAUUUUCGUCGAGAAAGUCGAACGUAACAGACUUAUAGUUCGACUAUUCGACAUCAACGGAACUAAAAUAAAAGUGUUUGACACUCAAAAUACCGAGAAAAUCAGUCCAGUCUGCAGCAUGCAAAUUUUGGGUUCGAGGCAUGAAGUGAAUGUGAGUUGCAUCCGAAACUCUAAAAACAUUUGGCUGCAGCGAACUACAGAAACCUCAACUGAAAAACAACUUUCAAAAUCACUAACUGAUCACUAUUCAACCACAAACGAUCAAAUCAUACCAAAAGAGAACGAAGUAUAUGCUGGUCUUUGCACAAAUGGAUCUUGGAAUCGAGUUCAAGUAACAAAGUUGAAUGGAAAUACUUGUACAGUGACAAGAAUCGAUAAUGGACACGUCCAAGAUAUUCCUAUAGACAAACUUCGAGCUUUAGAUGCUAAAUUCUAUUUGCCUCAUCAGCUGGCAAUAAGAGUUUCAUUGCCAGUCAGUCUUGCUGGUAGUGAUGUGGAACAGAUCAAUAUCCUUGAACCUCUCUUGGUAAACAAAGCAUUAACGGCAACAUUCUUCAACGUAAACCGAAAAUGGAUCGUUGAAUUGAGCGAGAAUGGCGAAAAAUUAAGCGAGAAACUGUCUUCUCUCAACAUUGUCAAAGAAACAAAAAAGACGCGAUUCGAACAUGUGGAACUACCCGAUAUGGUAGUAGGCCAAAAAUAUGAAGUUAUUGUCGCCCACAGUCUAUCACCCAAGCAAGUGUGGUUACAACGUGCCGAGGAAUUAGAUGCUAUUCUUGACAUGCAAGACCAAUUACAAGAAGCCUCGACAGAGUAUCCCGAUUAUGAUGGUAUUCCUGAAGAAAAGGCGCUUUGUCUGGCUAUGUACUCCCUCGAUGAUCUUUGGUAUAGAGCGGAAGUUCUGGAUGCUGAUGAAGAAAUAACUACGGUACGCUUUAUCGACUAUGGUAACACUGAUGUAAUCCACAAUAAUGUAAGCAAGAUCAAACAAUUGCCUGAUAAAUGGAAGGCCAUAAAGAAGUACGCUAUUGAGUGUAAACUGGAUGUACUCCCGGUUAAUGCUGACGACUGGAGCGACGAAGCCAGCGCCAAAUUGAGUGAACUGGUUACAACUGAAGACCCUAUCCACGCUUUGAUAAUCGCCGAUAAAGCUCCAAUGCGUAUAGAUCUCUAUAGCAAAGGUGAUAGUAUCUGUAAGAUGCUGAUCGACGAGAAGCUCGCUACGUACGUUCAAAGUUCCGAAGAUCUGAAUGAGGAGAUUGUUGAAGAAGUCCAGUUAGAUCCACGAUCUGCCUUCGUCAGUAACAUUAUAUCAGUAGAUCAAUUUUGGGUACAGGAAGAAAAAUGGAUUAACGAUUUGGAAAUGAUAGAGGAUAGACUUGUGAUGGCUCCCAUGUUCCCACAAGUACCAGAAAUCGAAGAAGGACUCGUCUGCAUUGCUCAUUUUCCUGAUGACAACUUGUACUACAGAGCUAUCAUUUUGUCACACACCGAUGAAGGAACAAAGGUUCGUUAUAUCGAUUAUGGCAAUUCAGCCAUCACAAAGGACCUUAAAACGAUUCCAGGGGACUUGGCCCAAAUUCGUCCGCUGUCGAGAAAAUGCUGUUUGGCAAAACCAGAUGGGAUCGAACAGUGGCCUGAUGGAAUUCAUGAUGAAUUUGUCACCCUAGCGGCGUCUGGUGCAACAGUAUUUCUUCUAGACGUAAUCGAAGAGAGCGAAACUUGCUUAGUCAAAUUAACCCUUAAAGAUAAGGAUGUAGCUAUGGAGCUCAUUGAACAAUGUUCGAAUCUUUCAGAUCCCGAGGCCAAAGCUACGGAAGUCACUGAAGAGAUUAAAGUCGCGAAAGUUAGCAAUGAAAAUAAAAUCGUUGAUACUGAGGCCAUUCAAAACGAAGUCAUUAAGAAUGUAAAAGAACGUCCCCCUCCAAUCGGUGAGGAAAACUCGGAGAAAGGGCUGGUGUGUACUAUUAGUUACGUGAAUUCGCCAGCAGAUUUCUGGGUGCAAAACAAAGAACAUUUCACAGAUUUAGAUAAUAUGAUUGAUCAAUUGAUUAAUGCCGAAAAUUAUGAUAGUAUUAAAGAAAUAAAAGAAGGUAGAAUUGUUGCGGCCAAGUUUGACGAAGAUGGACAGUGGUACAGAUCCAAGAUUUUAUAUCAUAGCGAAACCGGAACUGAAGUGUUUUACAUCGACUACGGUAAUUCAGCUGUAGCUAAAUCAGAUUCUGCGUUACGAGAGUUACCUGGGGAACUUGUUCAAAUUCCUCCUCUAUCAGUUCAAUGUUCUUUGAAAUUGCCUGACGGUCUCGAGAGCUGGUCCAGAAAUGCUUGCGAGAAAUUCUGUGAUUUAGCAGCAGACGGAGCUACGGAGUUCAAAUUUGAGAUUUUGGACGAGAAUAAUCAAAAGAGCACAAACCAACCGUUAAUCAUAUCACUUAUCUACAAGGAUCAGGAUAUUGCUGAAAUUCUGGCUAACCAUGAGAAAACAUUGCAAGGUGUUACAGAAAGCGUGGAAAAUGAAAAAGUUGAGUUCGAAUUAAGAAAGCCUAAAGACAUAGAUUCCACAGGUGAUAGUGCCAUUCAAUCCAUACAGUCUGAGAUGGAAGAGAUCACAUUCGAGAUUGAAGCUCAAACUCACACAAUUUUCUCAGAAGAAAGGACACCUGUGCAGGUACUUCAUGAUACAAGGCUGUGUAAUAGUAGUAGUAUGGGAAAUAGUUCCGAAAACGAAGCGACUGAUGUUUCCAAAUUAAACAAGGACACUGAAUUAAAGGCUGAUGAACUUAAUUAAAAUCAGCUAGGAGAAACUGAAAGUGAAGUGAAGUGAGCACAAAGAAGGAAACUGAUCUAUAUGAUUCCAGAAUCUAUACAUCUAAUAACUCCUUGUAAAGGAAUUACAAAAUUUAGUCCAGUUCAUCGAUAUUCAUGCCCUAAGAGUAAUGUCGUUUUUGGAAGUGUUAAUAAUUGUGAUGAUAGCUGUGCCUAGUUAAAUUUUGAAAAUUUAUGGCCAAAAUAUUUUCGUUUACCAACAAGUAAACUAAUCAUUAAUGCUAAAACGAUAUUUAAAUCAUAAUGAUGAAAUCAUUAAUAUUAAAGGUGAACAAGGACAUUCCAGAAACUAAUAAAUACAAAUUUCUAUAUUUUCCUUUUCUGAAAAACAAAAAACAAAAAAAUAGUUCCCUAUCUUAAAUGAAGUUGAAAUAAUUAUUUUUAUUUUAUUUUUUUUAAAUCUUUAUUCACUAAUUGAUUUUAAGAAAGAGCAUAAUUUAAAUAUGCAGCAUGAGCUUGUAUCCAAGUUAAAUAAUGUUAAUUAUUGACUGUUUAUUGUUUAUUAAUUUUGUUUUGCAACAUUAAUAUAGAGCUGUAGGCUGGAGUUAUAUCUUACGCAUUAAGUUAACGCUAAACAUUUUCUAAAAAUACUUGUAAAAUAUGUAUAAUUGUAGUGAAAGAAAUAACAUAAAAGUAAGAAUAUUUCGAUUUAAAACAUUGCAUAGAUUGUAAAAAAAAAUAACAAUAUAUAAAAGACAUCUCUAGUAAAAAUUAGUCGAUUAUCAAUUACAUAAAACGACCCCUACAUAGCUCACCAAAGACUAAAAUUGAAAAUGAUAUGUCAGUGGUAAAACUAUGAAACUUAGCAAAAUCUUCACUGCUUACAAUUUUUUCACAAACUGUAAAGACUUUGUAAAUCUACAAAAUUCAUUUUGAAAGUACUCAAUCAUUUUAUUAUUUAAGUGUAUCAUUAUAAAAUUUCAAUUGUUUAUAUAUUUCGUAUAUUUUUUACUUUUCAGAAUGAUGACUGUAGUUUGCUAAUCAAGUAACUUACGGACGAUAUUUUAAGCGGUGCCUAGGUUUUAGUUUAAUAUUUUCUACAAACAAAAAACAAAUUUAAAAAAAGUUUUGAUUUUUGAUUGAGCCUUUAGAUUGUUAUAUCAACUAAAAUGUAAUUCUUUAUUUGGAAAUAAUAAAACGUAUUUUUUUAUUUUUCGCAUAUUCAUUUUGUUAGUAUAUUUGAAAUUUACUAAUUCGUAUACAUAGAUUAAAUCGUUACAAAAUAAAAUAAACAAAACAUACGGCAUAACUCAGUCUAUAAAUUUAAAAAAUGAAUUAGGUAUUAUAAAAUCUAAUAAUAAAAUCUACCGGCAUAUAGGUCUGAGUCUCAUUGCAUGUUAAUAAUUUGUAGAAUGUUUCGAAUUAAAAUAACAACUAUAAUUACUAUUUAUGUAUAGUAAGUAGGACUUUGUACAGUGCGCAAAUUUAAUUUUUAUUAAUAAAAUUUGAUACAAAAA